AGACCCAACGACUACGCCUUUCUCUCUCUACUCUCUCUCUCUCUCUCUUAUUCUCUCUGUGUCUGUCUUUCUCGUGGAGUUGAAGACCAACCAACCCAGAGAGAAGGGAGCUUUCAGAACCCCUUUUGCUGUAGUUGUUAUUAUUAGCUCUCUCUGUCUCUCUUUCCAAUAACAAAAUAAUGGGGUUCUUCUCUUUCCUCGGAAGGGUUCUCUUUGCUUCCCUUUUCAUCCUCUCCGCUUGGCAAGCGUUCAAUGAAUUUGGUGUUGAUGGAGGGCCUGCUGCAAAGGAGUUGGUUCCGAAAUUUAAUAUUUUCAAGAAAAAUCUUUCUUCCAAGCUGGGGUUUGCAUUACCAGAUAUUGAUGCUAGACAAUUAGUGGCAACUAUUAUAUCUGCAAAAGCGAUUGGAGGCAUCCUAUUUGUAUUUGGAAGCUCCCUUGGAGCUUAUAUCCUGCUUCUUCUCUUGGCGAUUACCACUCCGGUUCUGUAUGACUUCUACAACUACAGUCCUGAAAAGUUCCAAUUCAGUGUACUUUUGAGUGACUUCUUGCAGAACUUGGCGCUUUUUGGUGCACUACUUUUCUUUAUCGGGAUGAAGAACUCAAUUCCUAAGAGGCAAAUCAAGAAGAAGGCACCCAAAGCCAAGGCGGUCUAGAUAUGUGAAAGAAAGCAAUAGUUGGUUAAAAUGUUUCCAAAGGGGUUCAACUUUUAGGGUGUCAAGUAGCCGUCCAUGGCCAGCCGAACUUUAUUUGUGGCCUAAGCGAGAAAAGGAAAAAUAGGCCUUUGAAUUUAGUCUUUUUAUAUAAAUAAUAUUGAUUAAUGUAAUGUUUACAAUAUAUUUUUGUUUAAAUUGAUUUUUUAGUUUUGCUUUGAACACAAUGAGAAUGUUUGGUCUGAGGCCUUGAACAAGAGCUUCGGUUUCUCGUA